AUGUCACAUUUGAAGUUAAGAUACUCUGUUUCAUCUUGUGUUGCAGCAUCAGCCAUAGCACCCACCACCAUCGUUUCUCAUGAAACCACCAACCACCAUUUUCAAAAUCCCAAACCAAAGCACCCACAACACUUCCUCUCCCUUCUCCUUCACAACCCUUCCCACCUCCAACCUCUCCAACUACUCCACUCUCAAAUCAUCACUUCCUCCCUCUUCCACCGUCACCCUCUCCACAACAACCCCACUUCCUUACUCCUCUUCAACAACCUCAUCCGUUCCUACUCCCUCUCCUCUUCCCCCCAUCACGCUCUUCAGUUUUUCGCCUACACUCUCAACUCCCUCACACACCCUCUUUCACUUGACUCCUUCACAUUCACUUUCCUCUCUCACACUUGCGCGAAUUUUAGCUCUAGUUCUUUCGGGUUUCAUCUUCAUUGUCUUGUUUUUAAACUGGGUUUUCAAUCUCAUGUCUAUGUUCAAACUGGGUUGCUUCGUAUGUACUCAAGUUGGGGACUUUUGGUUUCCGCGGCAGAGGUGUUUGAUGAAAUGCCGCAGAGAAGUACGGUUACUUGGAAUGUUUUUAUUCAUGGUUUGAUUAAAUGGGGUCAGCUUGAAUUAGCUCGGUCGGUUUUUGAUCGGAUGUUGGUUCGCAGUGUAGUCUCGUGGACUCUUGUUAUUGAUGGAUAUACGAGAGUGAAUAAGCCGUUGAAAGCUUUGGCAUUGUUUAGGAAAAUGGUUGAGGUUGAUGGUAUAGAGCCGAAUGAGGUUACCCUUUUGACUGUUUUUCCUGCUGUUGCUGGUCUUGGGGAUAUUAAGAUGUGUAGGUCUGUUCAUGGGUGUGUGGAGAAGAGAGGGUUUAAUGCGGUUGAUAUAAGGAUUGCGAAUGCGUUGAUUGAUUUGUAUGCGAAGUGUGGAUGUAUAGAGAGUGCGAGCAGGUUGUUUUGGGAGAUGCCUGACUGGAGGAAGAAUUUGGUGUCGUGGAAUUCUGUUAUAUCUGGUUUUGCUAUAUUUGGGAUGGUGAGGGAGGCUGUGGAGACUUUUGAAAGAAUGGAGAAGGCUGGCGUGCAACCGAAUCAUGUUGCGUUUCUUAGUGUUUUGAGUGCUUGUAGUCACGGUGGAUUGGUCGAGGAGGGGCUUGAGUUUUUUGGUAAAAUGGUGAAUGAUUAUGGACUUGUGCCGGAUGUCAAACAUUAUGGUUGUGUGAUAGAUAUGCUUGGGAGAGCAGGGAGGUUGGAAGAAGCUGAAAAGGUUGCCAUGCAGGUUCCCCGUGAGGUUGCAAAUGAUGUUAUUUGGAGAACGCUUCUCGGAGCUUGCAGUGUUCAUGACAACGUUGAAAUUGGUCAGAGGGUGACCAAGAAGAUAUUGGAGAUGGAGAAGGGGCAUGGCGGUGAUUAUGUUCUAAUGUCCAAUAUUUUGGCAGGUGUUGGGAGAUUCGAGGAUGUCGAGAGAUUAAGGGAAAUGAUAGAUAAGAGAAAUGCCUUUAAGCUCCCAGGCUAUAGUUUAGUCUAA